AUGGGCAGUUGGCGGCGGCUGCCGACAAUUAUGAAGCAUAAAAGCCAGGCGUCUCCGACGUCAUCUGGGCGCGUCGACGGUGGCAACAGCGACGCCGUUGCUGUCGACGUCUGCGCGACUUCCUCCGUCUAUGGUGACCAGGCGAGUCAGCCCACACACACAUACACACUCAUUCCGGCAAGUGAUUUAUGUCGCGCCGCUACCGUAUCCUCUGCGCCGUUUCUCGCACUGCUUUUCACGUUGACAACGGAACCGCCGGCCGUCUCCACCCGUAUUCAUCACUCAUACACACUCGGCCACCGCUCCUCGGCAACCAUGUCUCAGGGCUUCUCAUCCAUGGAUGAGGCCCCGAGCAGAGACUUUACUGAAAGUCGAAAAGCCGAGAGGGAUUCCAAAACAAUUCUACAGAAAGUCAGCCUUCUCGGAGUAAUCUUGAACAUGCGCUCCAUGGGCGUCAGACGGCAAAAUUAA